CCUCCACGCUCCCAGCAUGCCCCGCUCUCCCGCCCGCCUCUCCGGUCGGGGCACAUGCUCGGUGCGUGGGGCCGGCCCGGUUUCCUCCCGGCUUCCUCAGCAGCGCGGGGUCUCCCGGUACCCCCGGCAUUCCCGACAUGGCCCCCCCGACAGGGAAUGUCGUGGACAGCCAGGCCCCGCGGCCCGUGGUCAGCCAGCUGCGCUGGGACCUGACGGCCGAGCAGAUCGAGGCCAUGGCCGCAGAGCUGACCGAGAGCACCAAGCUCGUCUACGACCGCGUGGGAGCCCAGGAGCGCGGCGAGGUCUCCUACGAGAACACCCUCAAGGCUCUGGCGGACGUGGAGGUGGAAUACACAGUCCGUAGGAACAUGCUGGACUUCCCCCAGCACGUGUCCCCCUGCAAGGCCAUCCGCGCCGCCAGCACCGAGGCCGACAAGAAGCUCUCGGAGUUCGACGUGGAGAUGAGCAUGAGGCAGGACGUGUACCAGCGGAUUGUGUGGCUCCAGGAGAAAGCGGAGAGCGCUUCCCUGAAGCCUGAGGCAAAGAGGUACCUGGAGAGGCUGAUCAAGCUGGGGAAAAGGAACGGGCUCCACCUCCCUGAGGAGACUCAGGAGAAAAUCAAAGCUAUCAAGAAAAAGCUGAGCGUGCUGUGCAUAGACUUCAACAAGAACCUCAACGAGGACACCACCUUCCUGCCCUUCUCCAGGGAGGAGUUAGGGGGGCUCCCUGAGGACUUCCUGAACUCCCUGGAGAAGACGGAGGAUGGGAGGCUGAAGGUCACCCUCAAGUACCCACACUACUUCCCCCUGCUGAAGAAGUGCUACGUGCCCGAGACCAGGAGGAAGGUGGAGGAGAUGUUCAACUCCAGGUGCAAGGAGGAGAACUGCCUGAUCCUGAAGGAGCUGGUGGACCUGAGGGCUCAGAAGGCCGAUCUGCUGGGCUUCAGCACCCACGCCGACUUUGUGCUGGAGAUGAACAUGGCCAAGAGCAGCCGGACGGUGGCCACGUUCCUGGCGCGGCUGAGGGGGGCUGGGCUGAGGUGGAGCCGCUUUGUGGGCGGGGGGCAGCCCCCAAAAUAA